AUGUACAAAAGCAAGGCAAGGGAGCUAGAAGAGGAUGUGAGAUGCAUUAUUAGCAAUGGAGAUAUGGAGUUAUUAGCCAUACUUGAAAUGAUUGAUGACAUCCAACGGUUAGGAUUGGGACAUCGGUUUGAAGAAGACAUAAAGAGAAAACUUGAUAGAAUUUCUUCUUCAGAACAAAGUAACUUUGAUGCAGAUCAAUCUCUCCAUGCAACUGCUCUUUGCUUCAGGCUGCUGAGACAACAUGGUUAUGAGGUUUCUCAAGAUGUAUUUGAGAGUUUCGUAGAUGAUGAUGGAAACGUCAAAGCUUGUGUUCACAAGGAUAUCAAAGGACUAUUGAGUUUGUAUGAAGCCACACACCUUGCCCAUGAAGGAGAAAACCUCUUAGACAAGGCACUGGCACAGACGAGCAUACAUCUAAAAAAUCUUCCGAGGAACAUAGGGUACUUGGGCAAUAUAGAAGAUGUUCAUCAUGCUUUGGAACUUCCCUUGAACCGUAGAAUGCUUAUGCUGGAAGCACGGCAGCAUAUUGAAGCAUACAAUAAGAAGGAGGAUGCAAAUCAUAAGCUACUCGAACUUGCUAAAUUGGAUUUCAACAUGGUGCAGUCGGUGCUCCUAAGAGAUCUUCAAAACAUGUCAAGAUGGGAUGUAGCUGCCGUAAGAAAUCUUCCAGACUACAUGAAGUUGUGCUUUCUAGCACUUUACAACACUGUUAAUGAGAUGGCCUAUGACCAUCUCAAUGAGAAAGGAGACGACAUCAUUCCAUACCUAGCAAAAGCUUGGGCUGAUUUAUGCAAAGCAUUUCUACAAGAAGCAAAGUGGACCUACAACAGAAGCACACCAUCUUAUAAAGAUUAUCUUGAAAAUGGAUGGCGAUCUGUGUCUGGAACUGUUUUACUUGUUCAUGCUUAUUUCUUGCUGGGCCAAAACAUAUCAGAGGAUGCACUUGAUUGCUUAAUAAACUACCACGAAUUCCUACGUUGGCCAUCCAUUAUAUUCCGAUUGUGCAAUGAUUUGGGCUCAUCAUCGGCUGAGGUGAUGAGAGGCGAAACAACAAAUGCAAUAUCUUGUUAUAUACAAGAAACUGGCGUUUCAGAGAAGGAAGCACGUGAUCACAUAAAUAAAUUGAUUGAUGAAACGUGGAAGAAGAUGAACAAAUAUGAAUUUGAUAAGAGUAUUCCUUUUGCUAAACCUUUUAUGAAAACAGCUAUUAAUCUUGCAAGGAUUUCCCAUUGCACGUACCAGCAUGGGGAUAGCCAUGGAGCUCCAGAUGCCAGAUCAAAGGACAGAAUUAUGUCAUUGAUAAUUGAGCCCAUUGCCAUUAUGGACAGAUGA